AUGUCGACCCAAGACCACAAUGUAUUGAUGCAAUUUGAAGUGGUAAACACUCAGACCGUGACAAGGCCGCCGGAAGAUGAGGGCACGGACGAGUACAGUGACUUUGGGGAAGACCCUGAGGCUCUCGAGAUAAUUGACCAGCUCCUCCUUGAGGCCGCGGGCAAAUCGGGACAGGAACAGAAAAACGCGCCCCUGGUUUUGACAGACAUCGAAGACUAUGAAGAACCUCGAGGCGUUCGCCUGCCUAAGGUAUUUGGUCUCGAGGCAACGCGUCAGUGGAAGCUCGAGACCCGGUCCGUUCAGGCCCAGUUCCUCCAGAACAUUUGUGAGCAAAGGCCCGAGCAGAGACGAGCAUCUGGAAAUGAAGAAGAUGUAAGGCCAGAAAGAGAGAAAUCUCCACCAACCGUGCAGACCAAACAAGAUGCUCAGCAGGAGCAGCAACCCCUCGAACCUGACACUCGAUCUCUCCUGGAACGGUUUCGCAAACCUCCUAUGAAAGCCCUCUCCGUCACCGAUCUCAUCUCCCCCGCAUGGUGCGAGUUACAAUAUUACUACGUCUUGACCAAACAUGGCCGGAAAAGGAGGACACCCACAAUGAAACAAGGCAGUGCAGUCCACCAGGCAUUGGAAGAUGAGAUACACGUCACUGUUCCCGUAGAGACCAUCAAGAGAGAAGAUAGUUGGGGACUUCGAAUCUGGAAUAUCAUCCAGGGACUGAAAACGCUCAGACGGACGGGCAAGACGAGAGAGUUGGAGAUUUGGGGAUCAAUUGGUGGAGAGCUGGUAAACGGGGUCAUUGAUGAGUUGAGCUACGAGUGUCCUGACCCCAAGCUUGAGGAAAUGAGUCGGAAUCUGCUGGAGCAGAAGGACGUCGAGCCUCCACUGCCAGAAUAUCAGGCCAGCAUUAGGGACUACCUGGUGACGAACGAAACUCGAGACCAGGGCCAGUCGCUGUCGCAGGCUCUGAAGCGUGGCAAUGGCGAUAUUGACAAAGAGACCAGUAGCAAGGCUCCCGCGUGGAGGACGAGGAAGUCAGAGAAAGAGGAUGGGAGGCGAAUCUACAUCACCGACGUGAAGACACGAGGCACUCCCACUCUACCGACAGGAUCGGCCAUUCGUCCUACCUUGGUCCAACUCCAUCUCUACCACCACAUGCUGGAAAAUAUGGCCCUGGGAAAAUUCUCCCUCUCCCAGCUUGCGGAGAGGUACAAGUUUGACGUCCACGAGACAUUCUCGGACACGUUCAUCGCGCAGAUUGGGGGGUUGAAUCAGGACGUGUUUGAAUUAUCACAACAAAGUGACGAUGUCAGGCAGGAUCUGCCGCCGUCGACGCAAGAUUCGAUGGAUGUUCUCCUUCAGCACAACACCCUGGCCAGCCUGUGGGAUUUCAUGAUGGAGCAGUUUCGAUUGACCUUCAUCAUCUCUUCUAGUUCAACGUCAGCGUCUACUCCGCAUACAAUCAAUUCCCUCGACCAGAACCAAGAUCCUAAUAUUUCACCGCCCUCCACUCUGUCUGCCCUGCCUACGCCGCCCUCACAACCAACACGGCUCUCUCCUGUCCUCACAGCACGUUACAUCUCCAGCAACUACAAGCACUUUAGCAACUCAAAUGGCACCGCAGAAGCUCAGUCGCAGAUCCUGGGAAGCAAAUCCGUCCUCUUCAACCCUUCUUUCUUCACGUCCUCCCUCUACUCCUCUUUAGCAUUCUGGAAGGGCGAGCGGAAGCCGCGCGGCGUGGAGGUCACUGAUGCGUGGAAGUGUCGCAUCUGUGAGUUCCGCGACGAGUGCGCGUGGAUCAAAGAGAGAGACGAGAACACGGUACGCGAAGCGAGGGAGCGGAGGCUGAAGGAGGAGCUUGAGGAUCAGGAAGACGUAGGCGAGGGAAGAGUGGGUGGCAGGAGAAGUCGAGUCUAA